UACCAAGCCUGUUGUCAAGCUGAAAUGACGCGUUCCCCAUGGUUUCGACUAACUGCGCUUGCGCUCAAGAGACUUACCAUCAUGGCGGCGUCGUUACAAACAUAUGAGUUGAUUUUUGGCGUUUGAAAGACUUCAACAGUAAAAACAUAAGUGAACAUGCAUAGUGACAAGAAAAUAACCAAGGAAGACACAUGGAGACCAGCUGAUCUGAGAAGACACAUCAGGGAGGAAGGACUAGGUGAUGACUAUGUUAAGAAGCGAGAUGUCAAUGAGAGAAAGCACCGUGCUGGUGAAUCUAUAGAAAGACGCCGCAGAGACCCAGAGAAGGAGUCCAGACGAGAGAGAGACAAGCCCAGGGAUAGUACAAGGGAGAGAAGAGAUGGAGACAAAAAAGACAGAUAUGCAGAUCGACUGAAAGAGGGUUCUCUGGAUAGGAGAGGUGUUAAGGAAAGGGAUAGCAGAGAUGACAGGGAUAGAGAGAAGAGAAGGGAAAGAGACAAGUUGGUAGACGGAAAGAGAUACGAUGAUGAUUUCAAGAGGAAAGAAAGGGAGCAUGAAAAGGAGAGAGACAAGGAACGACAUAGAGAUAAAGAGACGGAAAGGAAUAGAGAAAGAGGCAAUGAGGAGGGCAAGGACAAAAGAAGGGAAGAGAGAGACAAGGAGAGACGGAGAGAAGAACGAGACAGAGAGCACAGGACUGAGAGGGAGAGACGGAGACACAAGGAAAGUGGAGAUGGAGAAAGAGAUCGAAUGGAAAAGCAGGAAAGAGAGAAGAAAGAUCGGCAUCGAGAGAGAGAGCGACCCAAAGAUGAAUAUGAAUUCAAGAGGAAUGACAAAGAAAGACAAGAGAGGCGUGCAGACAGUACGCGUUUGGAAAUGAAGGAGGAAAGAGUGCACAAAGAAGAACAGAGAAGACAUGGGGAGGAGAAAGAAAGGAGACCCAAAGAGAAAGGAUAUGAUGAAAAGCGGAAGCAUGACAGUGAACCCAGGGAGCAUCUAGACUUGAAGGGGUCAGGCAAAGAGGUCAAGUAUCAUGGGGGUGACACAGAUGGAGCAGAACGGGACCAACACAAAGAAAGAAGGCACAGAGAGGAGGAGAAACCAGAAAGAAAUCAGAACAGAGAUGGGACAAAGUCCAAGAAAGCAGCGUCUAGCAAAAGUCAUAAACAUGAGACUAAAACUGAGGAUGUAGCAAAGGUAUCUGAGCACCUGAGCAACGAUAUAGGAGAAACAGAGGAGCCUGUUGCCAAUGAUGAAGAUUUGGCUGACCAGGAAUAUGAGGAUGACUUUGAGAAACUGGAUUAUGAAGAGGAUUUUGAAGAAAUGGAUGAGAGCGCAAGUGAAGAUUUCGGCGACGAGGAGCCACAGCCUCCAGAGGUGGGUGAAGAGAGGGAGGAACUAACAGAACAAAAGAGAAAGGAAAUCCAAGCAAUUCAGAGAGCCAUGGAUGAAGAGAACGACAGAGUCGGAACCGCUCAGUCCAGACAAAUUCCGAGCAAAAAGGAGGAAGAAAGGCCUAAAUGGUCCGGAGGGUCUGAAAAGAGCCAGAGUAGAGCCUCCCCCCGUGGGAAGUUUAUCGACUUUGUGGCCGCAAAGCAGCGGGAAGUCAGCAAGAAAGUUGCCACAAAACAGAAGAAACGCAGCACAGAGCUUCUUCGCUUAAUUGAUCUGGAUUUCUCAAUGACAGUCUCAUUGUUGGAUCUGCCACCUGUUAAUGAAUAUGACAUGUAUAUCAGAACCUUUGGAACUGCAAACACUAAGCAGGCUUAUGUUCAGUGUAAUGAGGAUAAUGCAGACAGGGACAUCCAGACAGAGGAGAUAGAGGUGUGUGAGAAGUGGACGCAGCAUCCUCCAGAGCACAAUGGAGCCUGUGAGGAUCCAAACCUAUCCCAGGAAGCACGAGACAAAAGGGAAAUUAACUUUGAUUCGCGGCGUCUGACAGCAUUUCUGCGCUCCGCCUCUCAGGUCAUGGUUGUGCUGCUGGAAGAGGAUCGGGCUGAGAAAAACUCCCUGAGCAAGCCGAGGUCUCAGAGCGACACGCUGUCUUUCAGCGAUGGAAGAUUACAGCUCAACACUAAGUUGCCUUUUCUUUAUGGUCGCCGCAUCAGCCUGGUGCACUUCUCUCAGGUCCAGAGGCACACCAUGAUGUCAGUCCACAGCCCUACAACGAAGCCCAGUGCUGUGCGUCUAGACACCUGCACCAUCAUCUGUAUCUGGAACAUUUGGGAGCCGUCCAGACCUCAAAAAGUCCUUGUUUACGAAUCUGAGGUGCAGUGUUGCUGCUUCAGCCCUGGAAAGGCCAUAUUGGUGUUUGCAGGCACAUCAGUUGGCUCUGUGGUGCUGUGGGACCUGAGGGAGCACACUAGUGACCAUUAUAGUUUGAAGAUAGGGGAGGAUGAGUGGACUUUCCGACAUCCUACCUUCUCCACUGAUGCAGUGAUGGCCAGUUCCGGCCAUUUGUCAUCUGUGACGUCUGUAGAAGUUGUCCCCUCCACUGUAGCAGGGGGGCUGAGGCCAGAGGUCCCACUUUUGGCAUCUGAGGAAGAGUCGUCAGGAUUGUCAUUCCAGUUGGCUUCUCUGGAUGAAAUUGGGGUUUUAAACUUCUGGGUGGUAGUGGAACUCCCAAAAGCCAACAAGGCAGGCUCUCCAACAGAUCUAGGGCUCAGGCCCGGCGGCAAAGUAAAGUUACUUCACAGCUCCCAGCUCCUCACUGCUGAGAGGGUAUCGCCACGUGAUGCAGCGAAAACAGGGUUACAGACACUUAAUUUCAAAUUCCUUCCAACAGACUCCAAUCAUUUCUUUAUCGGCACCAACAUGGGUCUGGUCAAUCAUGAAACAAGUCACGGGUUGAAGGCUCCACCAAAGUUUUACAGGUUUCAGGAGGCCGGAGUCCGACCGGUGGAUGUCACCUCAAUCCACUUCUCUCCCUUCAGGCAACCAUUGUUCUUGGUGGGUUGUGGGGAUGGCAGCAUCAGGCUGCAUGCAGUCAGUCAUGAGCAACCCGUGGCAGAGUGGAAGAACAGUACAGCUGGUGAACCAGUGGUUUCACUGCAGUGGACCCAAACCAGACCAACAGUCUUCUGUGUGCUCGAUGCAGCCUCUAACCUCCACAUAUGGGACCUGCUGAAAAAUGACAGCGAGCCUGUGGUCACUGAAAGGAUGGACUCUGACAGGGUGACAGCCAUGGCUGUGUUUGGAGACUCGGGACAACAAAACACAUAUUCAGGAAUUGCACUGGCACACGAAUCAGGAAAUAUAGAAAUGCAGUAUUUCAAAAGACAUUUUACUGUGGCCAUUACUGCAGAAGAGGAGAAGUUGGAAAGUGUUAUGAUGGCAGCCUUCUGAAACAAUGCACCUUGUAUUUGGACUGAUGUGUGUGUUCAUUCAAAAUAUUUACUAAAACUCUGGAAGAGCAUAAAGAUCAAUUUAUAAAUCUUUUUUUGUUACAGUCACUUUGUAGUUAUGUCAUAUUUAAUUUAAAGACUAUUUGUAGACAAUUAAACAUCAACAUAGCUAUUAAAAGAAUGUGGCAGAAUACCAAUUUUCCUCUACAGGGGCCACAAUAUCAAUUAAUAUCCUCCAUUAAUACUGUACAUUAUAAGAAACAUAUUGUAAAUGCGUGUUGUUGAUGUAAAUAUUUGUAUUAACUUACUUAAUUUUUUAUACAAUAAACUGACUAUAUCCGUAUGUGUCCUCAACGGUA